AUGAGAGCGACGAAAAAGGUUCACCCGAAGCGUGGCACGGCGGGCCUGAAGCGUGGCCUGAAGAUGGCACCGAAGCCACCGCCGCCGCCACCAUUCAAAGCGUGGCGUCUGCUGCGGCGCAGUUUCAUCUUUCAAACGAAGGAGUUCUUCGACAACUCCACACUGCACGGCGUGCGGUACAUCGCCGAGGAAGGCCGGCCCUUUUUCGAGCGUUUCAUGUGGUUCUGCUUCGUAACGUUCGGCUUCAUCGCCGCGGUGGUGAUCAUCUUCAGUCUGUGGGAAAAGUUCCAAACCAACCCGACCAUCACCGGGCUGGACACGGACUUCCACAACCAGCAGGUCAUCUUCCCGACCGUGUUGGUCUGCCCGACGGAACCGUACGACGAGGAAGCGGUCCGACGCGUGGCCCACCAGCAGCUGGCCGGCUGGGAAGCCGGUAGCGAGAUCUACGAACCUUUCCUGCGGCUACUGACGCAGCUGUCGUACGGCCGGCUGCAGGAGAUUACCGCCACCGUCGGCGGGCUGCCGGCCGGGAAUGGCGUCUUGCGGGCGGCCAAUCUGCGCGACCUGAUGUUCCGGGUGGCGGUCCGCUGCAACGACACGUUCGCCGUCUGCCGGUACAAGGACGAGGACAUCGAUUGUUGCGAGAUGUUUAAGCCGAUGUAUACCGAGCACGGAUUCUGCUUCGGGUUUAACGCCCGCUACACCAACAGCUGGAACCUGGAGUUGCUCAACACCGACGUACACGUGCUGUUCGAGACGGACAAAAAGUGGGCCCUGACUUUCGAGCCCCUCCGGGAGUCGAGCAUCUUUGUGCACUCGUAUAACGAGAUCUCCGGCUGGGACUUUCAGCCGCAGGUCCUGUGGGACGUCGAGUCGAAGGUGGAGUUUCUCAUCUCGAUGAAGCAAACGUACACGACCGACGACGCGCAGCAGCUGUCGAUCGGGCAACGGAAGUGCAUCUUUCCCGAGGAGAAAAAACUCCAGUUCUACCAGGAUGCGUACACGUUCUCGGGCUGCAUGAAAGAAUGUCGCAUCGCGAAGAGCCUCCAGUUCUGCAAGUGCGCACCACCGUUCUACGCACCGAUUCGCUCGAUACCGCUCUGCACGGUGGCGCAGUUCGGCUGCCUGAGCGAGCACAGUGCGAACAUUACGAGCAUCAGCAGCUGCCAGGAUUGCGAGCUCGGGUGCCUCAAUACGGUGUACGACAUAGAGAAGUAUUCGAAAAUUAUGAAGACCGAGGAGGAGCACCAGGAAGCCCAAGUGACGAUCGAGUACCUGACGUGGCCCAUUAUACGCUACAAGCGAGAAGUGCUGUUCGGGUGGGUGGAUCUGCUCGUGUCAUUCGGUGGCAUCGCGGGUCUGUUUCUCGGCUUCAGCCUGCUGUCCGGGGUCGAGCUUCUGUACUUCUUCACCAUGCGGGCCCUCUGCAUGGUCUAUCAGAACCGCGACGAGCUGGUGGCGAUCGAGCACGAGAAAACGGCCGAAACGACGCGACGCCUAGAGUUGGGGCUAGGGCCGGUCCGCCCCAAUGGUUCGCCCCAGCUGUUGGCCACUAAUAGUGGCAUCACUACGGCCGCCGAGCGCCGGCAGGUUGUCGUCAAGCUCAUCACGACCGACUACAAUCGCCAGCGGCAACAGUCCGCUGACCGUAGCGUGGUCCAGCAGCGUCAUCGCAUCACCGGAAACCGCCUAAGCCAGCUGCAAAAGCAAAGCCACUGGCAGAAAAACCAGCACAUUAUUUCGCAUAAACAUUCCAACGCCACCGAGCCUUACGAGAAAUCGGCCGCGCUGGUGCGCAGUGAGCACGGUUACAUUUAUGGAGGAUUUCUGCCUUGA